AGAUACGUGAACUAUGCUCCGAUCACUUAUUCUUCUACUGCUAGUUACUGGAGCGCAAUCGAUGGUUGACCACGAAGAGCGGGAGAUAAUUCUCACCGCACAUGGAAUGAGCAUGGAUGAUGUCGAAAACCGCGUUGUCAUUCCCUUACAAGAUGGUCGUAUACCUCCACUACCAUGUAUCAUGGCCAAUGCUGGUAUGCAUCAACAUGGAGAGACAUUUACGAAGAAUAACUUUCACUAUCAGUGUAAAAAUGGGACAGCCGAAGUAGUAGCUUGCAUCGCUGAUGAUCAAUCUGUGAUUCAAUUGGGUAGAAUAUUCGUGCGAAAUGGUAUGAAACAUAAGUGCAGCAUUGUUGGAGAUUCAGUGACCUAUGAGCAAGAGGCGAUGUGCUUUGACAAUGGUAUUCAUUACUCAAUAGGCGACACAUUUCGUAACGGCUCAUUCAAGCUUAGGUGUGGUCAAGAUGGAAUCGUCAUUGAAGGCUGCUACUUGCAAAAUUCGGAAGAAUACCUCAUGGCAGGAGAAUCACGAAUUGUUGGCCGCCAACGUCAUGAGUGCGAGGUGCUUGGCGAUGGUAGAGUACGUUACCAAGUCAAAGUGAUUGGUUGUAUCCGCGAGGGUCAACACUACAACAUUGCUCAAGUAUUCACUGACAAACACGUACGGUAUCAAUGCAUGAACGAUGGGUCUUUGGACGUACUAGGUUGCGUCGAUGAUGGAUUGUUUUUGGACCUUGGACGUGAUCUUCUUAUGAAUGGAAUGGUCCAUAGAUGUUACCAAGUUGGCACUACCACAUUUUAUCAUAAGUUCAACUGCGAAUAUGGCCGGACACUCUCUGAAUGCAUCGCCUCGUCAAGUAGCACAAUAAUGCGAGCAAGACGUUUACUUUAUUCUUGAUUAUCUUAUUGAUGAC